CUCUCGGCUCCUCCCCCUGCAGCCUCCCUUAAGAACUGUACACAUCCAGCUGUCACGGGGUAAAGCUGACCAAGCAGAGAAACUUGGGUUUAACCCUGCGGUACUCUCCCCUUUGCCUGGGACUUUCUCUGGCAGUCCUCUCUACUCUUGAGGGUCUGGACUCCAGAUCAGAGAAGAAAUCGAAAAUGGCUAAAACUGGCCGAGAGAGAUAGUUUCUUCUUAGGAUUUUACACUGUAAAGGAGAAAGUUUCAGAACGCUUUGAAACAAAGUAAGAAUGAAGUCUUGCUUCAAGCCAAACAAGUUGGCAUCUUUGUAGGCAGGAGAUGUAACACUGGUAAAUAUUUACUGCAGGAUUCUUAACCAGGAGAAACUCCGGCUUGUUCGAGGAGUAAAUGUUUUACAAGCGAGGUGAGAUCUGCGUGUGCCUCUGUGUUCUUUCCAAGUGACUUCUGGAGACAGUUUUAGAUGACUGGCUAAGACAAAAUGUCCUAGUGAUCCCCGAGGCACAGCCAGAUUGUGGGUACCAUGUCUACCACACAAAGGAAAGACGACAGCCACCUGUUUGCCAGUCUGUGCACGUGCCAGCUGAAGGUGCAGGAGGACCAGCAACAGCCAGAAAAAUAUGUCAUUGCUCAACCAACAUUUGUUUUUGAGAAAGGAGAAUACACUUUCAAGAGACCUGCAGAAGACAGCCUGGAUGAAAUGGCAGAACAUGAAUUCAGUGGUUUCUCAAGAAAACGCAUAAGGUCUUCAUCUGUCACACUUUAUAGUACAGAUUCCGAGUCUCCGGGAGUGAAGAAAAACAAUGUUUUUAUGACAUCAAGUCUGGUGCAAAGGAAUAUUGACAUGAGCAGCAUAGAGCAAGGUUCUGUGAGGCCUUCGGAGCAUGUUCUAAGACCUGCUAUUCUGCAGCCACCUCAAGCUCAAAGCUGCAAAAACAUAAGCAAAACAUUUGGGCAUGGUGAAUUGAAAUCCUGCAAAAUUAAGGAAAAUAUCAAGCACAAGAUAUCUGAUGCAAACUCUGGUUUGCAAAGUGAAAAUUUACCAAAUGCCAGUUCAGUCCAGCUGUCUACUGAUCUACACGUCUCAGAGGAAACCUCGGGAUGCCAACCAACAGAAGAUAAGCGUUCUUUUCAAAGCUGCAGUUCUGACUUUGUUUUUGGAGAAAACAUGGUAGAAAGAGUUUUGGGCACUCAAAAGCUCACCCAGUCUUCACUUCAAAACCAUUCAUAUGCCAAGGAAAAAACAUUCAAAUCUGUUCUGAAAUUUCCUAACGCCACUUCAGAUCCAAACUCUAUUAAAAAUCUAUCCCUAAUUGAAUCAGCUGCUGCCUUUUCUUCUAAACCAUCACAAAAAUGCUUGCUUGAGAAAAUUGAUGUCAUAACAGGAGAAGAAACGGAACAUAAUGUAUUAAAGAUCAACUGCAAGAUCUUUGUAUUCACCAAAAUAACACAAUCCUGGACUGAAAGAGGCCGAGGAAUCUUGCGGCUGAAUGACAUAGCCAGCGGUGACUGUGGGACACUGCAGUCAAGACUAAUCAUGCGCAACCAAGGCAACCUGAGGCUGGUCCUCAACAGCAGACUCUGGACCCAGAUGAAGAUUCAGAGAGCAAAUCACAGAAAUCUGCGAAUGACUGCGACCGAUUUAGAAGACGAUGGUAUAAAAAUAUUCUUAAUUCAGGCUAGCGCCAAAGACAUAGGCUAUCUGUAUGCAGCGAUACAUCACCGUCUUGUUGCCCUCCGAAGCCUCAGGAAGCAUGCUGAUGGCGAUCCGGUUGACAGCCAAUCGGACACAGUCCUCCAGCAGUUCAGCUGUGACGAGGACGAGGAGGACUUCAUACAAGUCACUAAAAAUGGAUCAGGCCCUUCAAGGUGGAACUACAGACAGUCAGUUGUCUGCUCAUAGCACUCUCUCCUGUCACCAAUCUACAGAAACUGGUCACUCUCCUGAAAUGCCAGACCGUCCUAACCGAGGAGAUGCUGCACAUACCUUGAAGAGGUUUUUUUUUUUAAAUUAAAGAAACACAAUUUAUUGUAAUUAAAAGUUUCAUGUUUUACAUUUUGAAUAUUGUGGACAGAAUUUAAGAAAUGAACUCCAGAAGAUAAAAAUUCAUCUUAAUCUAGAACAGGAUUUAAUAACUAAUUUGGAUAACUCAUCAUGUUGAUGAAUAUAAUAAUUAAAAGUAUAAAUUGUUGGCUUUGAUAAAUAUCUAACUAAAGUAUUUAUUUUAGUCAUACAUUGUCUGACUAUAGAAAUAAUACUAAAUUUACAGUCAUAUCUUUAAAAGUAUUAUAGCUGCAAGGCAUUUUAUUAGGUCAUGUUUAUCUUCUGAGAAAUGUAUAUUUUCACUUGCAUUUUCAGUUUCCUAGUACAUAUAUUCAGGGAGAAAUUCUUUUACAAAAGUGUCCACUCAUGGACUUCUAUCCAUUGCAUCGCAUGUAUGUGACUCACAAUCAGUUCACAACUGUUGGUGAAUAAUGGAACAAAAUGUAAUAUAUUACCGUGUGUCAAAAAAUACAAAAGCCCAAUAUCAAUGCUCUUUAUUUAUGUGAUUGUCAUUAAUAUAGUCUCGUAGUAUGUGGAUAUGUAGAAACCCUUUUACAACAAAUGUAUUAUAUAGAGUCAAAUAACUAUCUCAAAUUCUACCAUUAUGGUAUAGUAAUUUCAAUAUUUUUCAGAAGAUGUUUUUAUGCCCUUUUGAUAUUCCAGAGAUAUUUUAUGAAGCAAAUAUGAAAGUCAGUCUCAGUACUUAGGGCCAUGUUUUAUUUUAUUAGUGGCCCUAACCAGUUCCAUCCCAGGAUAAAGAUUCAGGAUCCUGAACGUUUUUGAAUGUGAUCUGAACCCUCAUGUACAUACUUGUAAUGAGGUACAGACUGCUACAAUGAAGAAACAGGUCUUUGCAAGUGUAUAUCUGAAUAGAUAUUUUAAAAGUUAACAUUGUUUAAUUGCCUUCCUAACAACAAAAUCAUCUGCAUGUACGUACUUAUCAACCAAACCUCAGCUCAAAUCUCACAGUUUAGCAUACUGCAGCCGAAUAAGCUCUUAAGAGUAGGAUUUGAUUAAUAUGUUCAGAAGAAAAGAGAAAAGGGACACCGAAGAGAUAGGGACAGUUCCAGGGAAAGGAGUAAAUUUAGAUAAUUAAGAUUAUAAAACUAACUCUGGUGCAGAACCCCCUCAGUGGAUUAUUCUUACUAGGAACAUAACAGAGACCAGGAGGCACUUGAAGACCAUAUGAAAGCACUGAUUCACCUAUAAGACCUUAGCUUUUUGGGAACAUUGUAAUUAUAGGAUAAUUGUUGAAGCAAGCAGAAAACAGAGGCCCCUUUAUCUCUUGGCAUGUUUCUCCUUGUUCCUAUACUGGAAUGGAAAUGAAGCAACAUUUUGUCUGUGUGCCAACUAUUUUACUAUAAGUUGAAUCAACUCUGACUUUCUUUGGUCUUCUGUACAGAUAGCAAAGGAGAAACAAAUUUACUUUUGGCCUAUACAGAAAUGUCAGGAGACCCCCAAGUAGGUUAGAAUGUCAGCAAGCAGGGACAGUGAAAACUUCUGGAUCAUGAAACAGUGACAAAGAGCAGAAACAUGAGAUACCAUGCAAUAUUUCUUCAUCUUGAUUAAAAGAAAAAUCUAGCCUUCCUCCCCCUUUCUUUUUUGUUUUUUUUCCUACAAACUUUAUCUCCUUUCAAUAAGAGGUAACCAAUUAUAUAAUAAUAUCAAUUUUCUUGUUAUUCAGAAGGUGAUUGCUAAUCCUUCAUUCUGGAUUUUCAGACAUGUUAUUUUUAUCAAAAACUUCUAAUUUUAUGUUGAAUUAAGAUAUUUUAAGAUAAUCUAAACAUUCUUUAUCAAUAGUAUUUACUCCAAUUGUUUAGCUUAAUUAUGAAUCAUUAAAAUGUUUUCU